UCUUCGCUUCUGUUCUCCUCCGUCCAGAGCCACGUCGCAACAUCCCCAGACUGGGAAUUGGAUUGGAGAGGGAGAUAUUAUCAUCAUGGCUGGCGUGUUCAAGAACAUAUUUGGUGGAGCGUCUCCAUCGCCUGCUCCAGCCAAGGUCGACGAUGAUUUCGCGGAUUUUGGCGGUGCUCCAGACCCAUCGCCUGUUUCGAUCGUCGCUGAACCGUCCGCUGCAACAUCUACUGCUCAAUUGGGUGCGCAGACCACUGGCGCAGCUCCUGUGCCGUUCACAAAAUGGUACCGCGUGUGGGAGCGCACGUCCCCCUCAGAUUUCAAGCAGGAGGCCAUGAUCUUGCCAUUCAUUCUCCUGAUCAUUAUUUUCCAUCUCUGGGGCACGAAAAAGAACAGGCGCAAGGCCAAGGCCUGGGCGCAGGCCCAUGCUCCUGUUCUCCAGAACGAGUUCGCCGCGGUGGGAUUCGGAGGUGUUUCGUCGUCUGAGUUGGUCUCCCCGGACUCUAUUCUGAGGGAGAACUCCCCUCAGGAAUUCGCUUCGUAUGCGACGGGCAGACAGAACGUUGCCUUCUUGGACCUUACCCUCAAGCUGGUCAAGCGCUACAACCCGGUUAUUUUCUUGAUGGACCACAUCCUUAGCAUCUUCUUCGAAAGCUGGCCGGCCCCUGUUGAGAGGGUUGAGGCUGUUGCGUAUGCGUUCGAUGGAAAAGAGAAGGAAUUGGUGCCUGUCCCCGCUGGCGACACUGGCGCUCUCAAGGUCCAGAACUCGUCCUACGACCCUUUCAUCUGGGCUGUUGUGCACAAGAACACCAUGCGCAAGCUGCGUCAGGACCGCUACGAUGUCUCUAUGACCCAAACCAAGGACAACGCCAAGCUCCCCAGCUGGGUUACCGUGAUGAGCGAGAGUGCCGAGGUCACUGACACUCUGCUUACCCCGGAGCUUAUAAAGGCUAUUGAGCAGGCCGAUGAUGCAUUUGAGUAUCUGAUCAUCUCGGACCAGCCCAUCGAGAAGCCGGCCAAGAUUGAGGAGACUGUCCCUAGGAAGCGUCUCCAACUCUCUCUCCGCAUCCCGUCAUCUGGCUACGAGUCGACUCUCCCUCUCUUCCAGCUAUUCGUGCGUCUGCCUGAUGUCCUCGUGGCGUCGGCCCACUGGCGCCCUGAAGUUCUGCGCAAGAUUCGUAACGCUCGCGAGGAGGAAAUCAAGAAACUGCGCCGUGCUGACGAGGAAGAGAAGGCUGAAGAGCGUAAGCUUGCCGCUGAGAAGCUGAAGAAAGAGGAACGCGAGCGUCUUCUGCGCUCCAUGAGCGCCGAGGAGCAACGCAAGUUCCUUGAGCGUGAAAAGGAGAAGGAGCAGAGACGCACCAUGAAGAGGAACACUCGCAAAGCGUAGAAGCCUUGUACUUCGUUUUCUCUUCUUUCUGCUCUGCAGCUUGAUGAUAUUAGGUCCAUCAUAAUUCUUCUAUGCGAGCUCAUCGUUAGGGGACGGGGAAGACGCUUGGAGUGCGGGAUUUACUCGGGUCCCUGUAUCUAUAUUUUUGCAUGUACCAUCGAGGAGAAAAGAAAAAGAAUAGAUCGCAACAUAAGUGGCUCUGCUCGCCUGUAGCAGAGCAUCAGUGAGAAAUCUGAUAUGAAUGUCAUAUGAUAUAUC